AUUCCUCUGGCGACAAGUGACGAGAAGCCUUAUACCUUUUCAAAUAAAUAAAAUUAAAAAGUAUACACAAUAAAAAGACCUGCUUAAUUAACUUUAGACGUUUUAACGAUCAAAAUGGUUUUAGCAUGAAAAAAUGUCUGUAACAUCGGGCUGUUUUGCAUACAUUUGCAAAGCGUUGGGUCGAUAGCACCGUAUUGGAAAAUGUCUGUGCCAGGAAAAUAUUCCGCGAAGAAAAUGGAGUUUUUGGAUAGAAAUGGCAAUGGUAUAGAAAACGGUGGUUGGAGUAAUAAUAUGAAAAAAGAAAUGGUUUAUACUUUUGACGAGGCUUUAGAUUUGGCUGGUCGCGGUUGGUACACAUAUGGUCUGAUGGCUUUUAUAGUGUUGGCAUUCCAGGGGCUGGCUCUGGAUAUGUUCGGGAUCUCUGUCGUGCUCACCGGAGCAUGUGAUUUGAAUCUGUCUCAUUAUCAGAAGUCAGUUCUACUGUCGAUGCCUUUAAUUGGAUCCAUCACCAUGGCUUGGCCAUGGGGAUUCAUAGCUGAUACUCAAGGUCGACGAAAAGCAUUAGCUUUCUCACUGUGGGGAAGCUUUAUUCUGUCCAGUCUUAGUGCUUUCUCACCGAACUGGAUCGUUCUGGCUGUGCUGAAGUUCGGAUGUUGUAGUUUAUCCAGUGGAACUCAGUCAUUAGGUUUCACCUUGUUGGGAGAGUCAUGUGGUCAGAGGUUGAGAUCUCCUGUCAUGAUCAUUGUGACCACUUCAUUGAUCUCCGUAUACGGAGUAUAUACAGUUAUAGGAUAUUUCGUCCUUAAUCUAGAUGUUUCGAUUGAUCUUGGCUUCAUUACAUUUAGCAACUGGAGGUUGCUUAUUCUGAUCUUCGCGUCACCACUCGGACUAUCUGCGGCUUUGUUGGGGUUAAUUUAUGAAAGCCCAAAGUUCUUGCUAAGUAUGGAAAAGGAGGAAAAGGCGUUGAAUAUUCUUAAAAAAAUUUCCGACAUAAACCGCGGUGGUGAUUCGAGUUAUCCAGUAAAGAAGAUAGUUCUAAAUGAGACCAGUACGUUGAGGUUGAAGAAUAUACCACUUUGGCAGUCUAUAAAGGAUCAAACGUUCCCACUUUUCAAACCCCCCUACCUAUGGAGAACUAUACAGUUGUUUUACAUAACUGCUGCCAUCUAUUGUUCGAAUAAUGGUUUCUUUGUUUGGUUACCAUUUGUUGUGGACACUUUUUAUUCUGGAUAUAAUGGAAAUGGCACAGCUGGUGCUAGCGUCUGUGAUAUGAUUGUCAAUUCCAACGAAAUGGAUACAGAUACGGGGACUUGCGUUGGCACAGUGAAAGAGUUGGCACUAUGGAUGGGAGUUAUCCAAGUUCUGGCAUACAUCACUAUAAACACCGGAGUUUCAUUGCUAUCACGCUGGAAGAAGUCGGUAAUGGUCACCAUCAUGACCAUGGUGGUCAUAUGUGGAGUGCUGAUCCCGUCUGUCACAAACAGAAUAGCCAGCAUAGUCUUGUUAAACGGAUUCAUCACCAACUCUCUCUGCAUAGCCAUAAUUUUUUCUUACUACGUGGAUAUUUUUCCGACCUCUUAUCGUGGCAUGGCUGCUUGUCUCGGAGUGAUGGUUGCUAGAGCGAGUUCCCUUGUCGGCAUCAACUUGGUCGGAAGCUACAUCGACUCCCACUGCACGACGUCCUUCUACGCGUGGUCUGCCUAUAUAAUUAGCGGUGUCGUAGUGAGUUUGUUCCUUCCGUCGGAUAAUUUAAAACCACAAAGUUAACUAUUGUAAAUAUAUUCUUUAUUUUUGAAGUUAAAUAAAUUAAUAGGAAAAUGGA